AUGGCAAGUUUAAUUCGAAAUAAGCGACGAACAAAAUUAGUUACACCAUCAAAUUCAUCAUUUUCAAAUUGUGUACAAGAUCAUUUAUUUAUUCAACCAAUACGUAGACCACUUGAAACAUUUAAACCCGUUGUUUAUUUAGAUGAACAAGGUCGUAGACAUGGUCGUGUUAGUGAUCAUUUAUUACAACAACAAAUUGAAAAUGAUCGACAAAAAUUAAAAAAACAAAUUCUACCAAAUGUAUCAAAAUCAUCAAGUUUAUAUGGUAUACGAAAUCCAAAUAUAGCUGCUUUAAUAAAAGAUAUACCGAUUGAUAAUGAUGAUGAUGAAACAGAAUUUGAUGAAGAUAAAAUACGAGCUGAUGAUGAAAUUAAAUUUAUUGAAUAUAAAAAAAUUUCUAAACCAGCAACAUCAAAAUCAAAUAAUAGACAAAUAUCAUCAAUAAGUGGAAAACAAUCAGUUAAAUUUGAUACAACACCAUCAGUAAAUAUGGCACGACUUGUUGAAAGUCAUUUAACUGAAUUAGAUGAUAUUGAUAAUGUUGAUGAAAAUGAUAGUGAAAGUGAAGGUGAUGAAGAAGAUCUUGAAUCACUUAAACCUGUGAGUGAUCCUGAUUCAAAUUAUCGUAGACAAACUGAUAAAUCAGCAUGUGAAUUAUCUGGAACACUUUCAACAUCUAAAGAUAAUGAUGAUAUUAGAAUAACUAAUUCAUCACUCGAUUAUAAUCGACCAUCACAAGAAAUGUAUAUGCCACCAAGUGUUGAAGAUAUUAAUGAUGAAGAACAAAAAGAAAAUGAAUCAAAUAAUGAAUUAUUAUCACCUGAAAUUGUUCAACAACAAAAACGAUCAUCAACUCCAAGUGAAAAAAUACAAGAACGUCUAAAAUCAUCAUCAUCAUCAUCUCGUCCUAAAACUGCUGUUUCAGCACAAUCUCAUAGUGAUAAUAAAUAUAUUAAUAAUAAUGAAGAACCAAAAUCAUCACGUUCUUCUUCUUCAUCAUCAACAUCAUCUGAUGAUACAUCAGCUUUAUUACGUAGUGAUAAUGAUAAAUCACCAACAUCAUCUGAAGAUGAAUCAAAUAAUGAACAAGAAGCAAUACCUAUUGAUACAUUCGUUAAAUUAGAUCGUACUAGUACAAAUGUAAGUGAUACAAUGAAUAAUAUCGAUGAAGAAAAUGUAUCAACUCAAACUAUUGAAAAAUUACAACAACGAGAUGCUAAAGGUGAAUAUGAUACAAGUCAAGUUAUUCAACUUAAAGAAUCAUUUCAACCAAUUAUAAAUGAAGCAGCUUCAUAUGGACAUCUUGAUAUUGUUCGAAAAUUAAUUGAGUGUGGUCAAAGUGUACACACACAAAAUAUGUUACAACGUACACCAUUACAUGAAGCAUGUGUUAGUGGUAAUGGACAACUUGUAUCUGAACUUCUUGAGAGUGGAUCAUUAAUUGAUCAAAGAGAUUCUCAAGGCAUGACACCUUUACAUGUUGCUGCUAGUCAUGGUACAAUUAAAUGUAUUCGAGUACUUUGUGAAAAGGGUUGUGAAAUAAAUGCACAAGAUAAUCUUGGUCAAACAGCUGCUCAUUAUAGUGCAAUGCAUAAUCAUAUCGAUAGUUUAAAAUAUCUUGUUAAUGUAUAUCAUAUUGAUUUAUCUAUAAGUAAUAAUGAAUCAAAAUUACCUAUUCAUUAUGCUGCUAAACAUGGUUCUACUAAUGUUUUAAAUUUUCUAUUUCAAUCAAAUUUAACUGUAUAUGAAACAGAUAUACAUGGAAAUACAAUUGCACAUGAAGCAAGUGAAUAUAAUCAAAUUGAUUCAAUUAAAUUAAUAUGGAAAAUGCAUCGAAGUUUAUUUAAAAAGAAAAAUCAUUUUGGACGAACACCUAUUCAUACGGCAGCAUUAUUUGGAUCAAGUAAAGUAUUACAUUAUUUACUUGAAUUGAAUAUUAUUGAUAUUGAUCAAACGGAUAAUGAUGGUUGUACCAUGGCUCAUCUAGCAGCUAGUCGAGGACAUGGUGAAUGUUUUUCAUGUUUAAUAAUUCAUAGUGCUCAACUUGAUAUAUAUACAUUUGAUCGACAUGAUUCUGUUAUGGAUGUAGCUAAACGUAGUGGUAAAUAUGGUCGAAUUGAAAAAGCUCGUUCUGGUACACUUCGUUGUAAUUCUUGUGAAGAAAAAUUAGCAAAAGAAAAACAUGAUAAAGCUCAUGCACGUAAUGCUGUUGAACAACUUAUUCAUACACAAAUACAACGUGGUUAUAAUUUGAAUAUACCUGUAAAUCGUUCUUCGACUAAUUUAAGGUCUGAUAAAGUUGAUCCACCUGUGUCUCAUUCAUCACAUGGACAUUUGCCAGUAUCUCGAUCUCAAAUAUUAAAAGAACAGAUUCGUGUUGUAUCAGGCUGUUCAAUUAAUAUUUUAUCUUCAAUUGGUAUUAUAUUUCUUAAUAAAUAUAUUUUUUCACAUUGUCAUAUAAAAACAAUGACAUUAACUGCUAUACAAAUGGCAUUUACAUCAAUAGGUUUAAUUAUAUGUUUACAAAUGAAAACAUUUGUUUGUAAAAAAGUUUCAAUAAUAACAGUAUUACCAUUAGCUAUAUCAUUUUGUGGUUUUGUUGUUUUUACAAAUUUAUCAUUAGAAUAUAAUACAAUUGGUACAUAUCAAUUAUUUAAAGUAUUAACAACACCGGUUGUUGUACUUCUAUCAUGGUAUUUUUAUAAAAUAAAAUAUUCGAGAAUGGUUAUUAUAACGUUAAUACCUGUUGUUAUUGGUGUAUGUACACAUUCAGUUAAUGAUAUUAAACUAAAACUUUUUGGUACAAUCGUAGCAUCAAUUGGUGUUAUAUCAGGAUCACUUUAUCAAGUUUGGAUUUGUGAUCAUUUAAAAGAAUUAGAAAUGAAUGCACAACAAUUACUUUUUUAUCAAGCACCAUUAUCAGCUAUUUUACUUGUACCUUUUAUUUUUUAUAUGGAAAGUUUUCCAUCCUAUACAACAUAUGAAGAACAACAAGUAGCAGUAAUUGCUAUAAUAGCUUCUGGUAUUGCAGCAUUUGCUGUUAAUUUAUCAGUUUAUUGGGUUAUUGAAAAUACAUCUACAUUAACAUAUAAUAUGAUUGGUCAUAUGAAAACAGUUUCAAUACUUGUUGGUGGUUAUCUUAUAUUUAAAGAUAGUCUUAAUUUUAAACAACUCAUUGGUAUUUUACUUACAUUAUUUGGUCUAUUCUCUUAUACAUUUGUUAAAAUGAGUGAACAAAAUCAAUUACCAUGUAAACGUUGGAAUGCAAAUCCGACAAUAAAUAUAGUAUAG